AGCAUAUGCGAUGUGCAAUCAUAUGCGAUCUGCAAGCAUAUGCCACAUUCGAUGUGCAAUCAUAUGCGAUCUGCAAGCAUAUGCCAGAUGCGAUCUGCAAGCAUAUGCCACAUUCGAUGUGCAAGCAUAUGCGAUCUGCAAGCAUAUGCAAUCUGCAAGCAUAUGCCACAUUCCAGGUGCAAUCAUAUGCGAUAUACAAGCCUAUGCGAUCUGCAAGCAUAUGCAAUCUGCAAGCAGAUGCAGUCUUCUGUUACAUUACAGUAA